UCUCUCACCAUGUCUGGUCGUGGCAAAGGCGGCAAGGGCCUGGGCAAAGGCGGCGCCAAGCGCCACCGUAAGGUGCUGCGGGACAACAUCCAGGGCAUCACCAAGCCCGCCAUCCGGCGCCUGGCCCGGCGUGGCGGCGUCAAGCGCAUCUCCGGCCUCAUCUACGAGGAGACCCGCGGGGUGCUCAAGGUCUUCCUAGAGAACGUCAUCCGGGACGCGGUCACCUACACCGAGCACGCCAAGCGCAAGACGGUCACCGCCAUGGACGUGGUCUACGCGCUCAAGCGCCAGGG